GUAAGGUGCUGUGUGGGCACCAGCAGGGAACGCGGGUCCACCUCCCAGCGCAGAGCCCGUAGCGUCCCCAGGUCUGACUCUGCUGUGUGGGCCACCUGCAGGCGGCAGCACGCCGGGGCAUGAAGGCGUUUUUCUGGAAGUCGGACUGGGCUGAGGUGGGGAGGCCAGGACAGCAGCAGUGCUGUGCUUCGUCUUUGUCUCAAAGAAGAGCUGCUUCAGGAGAGAGUCCUGCCCUGCUCACUGUCCUGAUCACACUUCCCCCCUGUCCUGGCCCGUCCCUAGCUCCCUAGCUCGCCCUCCCUUCAGGCCCCUGACCGCACCUGAGCCCCUUCCCGUCCCCUGGUGCCCGCCCCAGCGGCCCCGGCAAGCUCCUUAGUGUGGCAUCAGGGACAGUGCUAAUCGGCUUACCCGGCAGCAGGAUAAAUGCCCACUGACCCUGGUGAGGGAGGCCGCCCUCACACCGAUGGCCCCCUGAGAUCUGCCUGGUGCCUGCGCCCAGCGUGAGGGAGUCCAGAAGCCCAAGGUCGCCACAGGGUCUCUGCCAGCCUGACCAUGAACCUGGAGCCGCCCAAGGCCGAGAUCCGCUCGGCCACCAGGGUGACGGGGGGCCCCGUCACUCCCAGGAAAGGGCCCCCCAAAUUUAAGCAGCGGCAAACCAGGCAGUUCAAGAGCAAGCCCCCCAAGAAAGGUGUCCAAGGGUUUGGGGACGACAUCCCUGGAAUGGAAGGCCUGGGGACAGACAUCACGGUCAUCUGCCCGUGGGAGGCCUUCAACCACCUGGAGCUGCACGAGCUGGCCCAGUAUGGCAUCAUCUAGCCGCACCUGCCGUCCGACCCCCUGCGGCCCCCCCACCCCAGCCAGGGCGUCAGGAUUGCGAGGUCGUGUCUGGAGACCUCAAAGGGCAGCAACAUCAGGAGCCCCCGCCUCCCCUCAGGAUGCCCUAGCAGGCCGGCCAGGCCCUGCCUGACCUCCCGGGAGGCUGGCCCACAUCCCCUCCUGCAGCUGGAAAACCAGGGCAGGAGGAGCUCCGCCCAUAGCCACUCGUGGCUGGUUCUGGGUCAGCGUGGCGGGCGGCCAUGCGCACUGUCCCUGUUUCAAAAUAAAACGAUCAUGCCUCCGUC